GGUAACCAUGUUCCAGGGGGAAAGUUACCCGUUCUCCCCGGGACCCAGAGCUGCCCCGGCAGCAGGAAGCUGGGGAAACCGAAAGCACUGGGAGCCGCCUCCUUCCCACGCCCUGGCGGCCCAGCCGGAGGCGUCACAGCCACGGAGCCGCCCUGGGGGCUCAGCAGAGCUCUUGCAGAAGGAAUUUUGGGGGUGCAGGUGGUGGCCUCCUCCCAGUGCCACCCCUGUCCCCCCCUCCCAGGCCGAUAAACGGGCUCAUCACAACGCGCUGGAGCGCAAGCGCAGGGACCACAUCAAGGAUAGCUUCCACAGCCUGCGGGAUUCCGUGCCCUCGCUCCAAGGAGAGAAGGCAUCCCGGGCCCAAAUCCUGGACAAAGCCACAGAGUACAUCCAGUACAUGCGCCGGAAAAACCACACACACCAGCAGGACAUCGAUGACCUCAAGCGGCAGAAUGCGCUACUGGAGCAGCAAGUGCGUGCGCUGGAGAAGGCCCGAGCCAGCGCCCAGCUCCAGGCCAGCUAUCCCGCGGACAACAGCCUCUACACCAACCCCAAGGGCAGCGCCAUCUCCGCCUUCGACGGUGGCUCCGACUCCAGCUCCGACUCGGAGCCCGACGAGCCGCAGA